CUGGUUGACAUUUUCAAAAAAUUCAUACGGUGUUGAUAAAGAAGAAAUAAACACAUCACAUCAUUUUAGUUCCUAAUUUUUUUUUAUUUUUUGUUUCAUGAGGACCAUGAGAGGAUGAAAUUAAAUCGACUUGCAAUUCAAUAAGCUGACCCAAUAGGAAAAUUUUUUAAGAAAAUGCUUAAAAUAAUUUAUAAAGGUUUAUGGAUAUUAUUGGUGAUAAUAGCUAAUGUUUAUGAGGCGGUGCAAUGGUUAUUAAUGUAUCUGGACUCCAAGUAUAAGUUAUUAAAGCAAAUAUAUUUUAAUAAUUUAGAUGGUAUUUAUGAAAUCAAAGUAUUAGAAGAAUGCAAAAGUAUUUUAACCAAAAAGCCAAAUCAUGUGUGCGCAAUUAUUGGAAAAACAUUCGACUCUUCCUCUGAAAUUCUAUCAAAACUAGCAGCUUAUGCUUUAAUAUGCGAUAUAGAUUUCAUCAGCUUUUAUGAUACUAAAGAAGAAUUCACUUUGGACCACAUACAUAUACCACAAUUUGUUUCUUCUCAAAAAAUGUCAAAUGGUAGAUUUUUAUGGUCUAUGCCUGCCGAUAAAAAGAGAGUUGGACAGCUUAAAUAUAAAAAUGGUUUAGAUAAAUCUAUACAGGUGGUUUCUUUAUCUUGUAAAGAUGGUCGUCCACUUUUAGCUGAAGUUUGUAAAGAAUUAUGGUUACAAAGGGAUUCAGAUGAAAUAAAAGAUGCUGUGAAUAAUAAAAAUAAAUUAGCUGAUAAAAUUUCUUCAGAAAUUCAAAAAAAAUUAAAUAAUUUACCCGAUCCUGAUUUAGUAAUUAUUUUUGAUAAAAUAAUGUGUACGUAUGGAUUAUUGCCAUGGAAUAUAGGUUUUUCUGAAUUUUAUCAGGUUAAAAAUAGUGAAUUUUUUAAUGUUGAUGAUUUUGCUAAUAUAUUGUAUAAAUAUUCAAAAUGUGAACAAAGAUUUGGUAAAUAAUACAAAAGAAUUACAUAUGUAUAUACAAUAUUGGGUUAAAAUUUUAGUUAAGCUAAGUUAAAAGUAAUAAUAUUCUUUUUAUAUAUAUCCCCA